AAAACAUAGAACUUUAUUUUAUGAAUAUUAUUGUCUUAAAUUGGUGCAUUAUUCUAUCAAUUGAAGAAGAAAAAUGACGAAAAAAAUUGUCAUUAGGGUUUCUAUAAAUGGAAACUCACAUCUUACAAUGAAGAAGUUUGUUGUAGAAUUUUUGAAGUUAAAGUACUUUGUAAAAUGUUGUGGGCACAAAUCCCAAUGUAGUCGCUCCAAAAAUCAAAGGAAGAUUUUAUCAAUUGCAGCAAAAAUACCAAGACUAGAGAAAGUAGCUAUAGAAGGAGAAGAAAAGAAUGAGCUAAUGGUGAUAGGUGAAGGAAUUGAUGUAGCAAAGCUUGUCACUAUACUAAGGAAGAAAGUUGGCUUUGCUGAUGUUGUGAGUGUUGAUCUAGUGGAUAAAAAGAAAGAAGAAGAACCAAUAGUACCAUUGGUUUAUGGCAAUUAUCAAAUGCCCCCUCUUCAAUUUUGGGAAGUUAGAGAUCCCUACAACUAUUCUUUUGGUGAUUUAAUUUAUAUUUAAUGGGGCUCAAGAAUAUUUAGCUUUGGAAUAAUAAGUUUCAACUUUAAAA